GCUGAUUGGCAGUGAUUGGCACUACAGUUGUGCAGUAUCAUAUGGCUCGAGCAGCUCUUCCAGUUCUUUGGGCGACUCGUGUUCUUUGGUUUCGCAUCGACGCGUGUGAUGGGUGGGCGCUAGCAGGUCUUGGACACUGCGGCGAAGCAAGCUCCGACGAGUCCAUCGACUUGCCACGAUGCUUGCAGCGCUGUGAGGUGCUUGGUGAAAGAUGUUUAUACGUGUCAUUUCUGGAUGACGCGCUGAUUCGAGAGGGAAGUCCGAACGACAGACGUUUUUUCUGCAAGCUCUUUUUGACAUGCCCUUUUCUUCGAUCGGGACCUUUCCCCGGAGCUGUGACUUUUCGGACAAAUUCAAGGCCGGAAGGGGUGGUGGAACUCCCGGUUUUUCCAGAGGGCUUGGUGACGAUCUCGUCUAUGGCGCGGAAGCAGCUUUGCAUGGCAGAUGGCAUUUCAUGGGUGUAUUUAGGAAAGGCGAAUCGCCAUGAAAACACCCCAGAGGCGUUCGAGAGCGAGCUUCCGUUUGAGUGUGGACUGUUCGAAGUGAGCUUUGUCUCAGGGCCGACUGUGGAAGGGGCUGAAGGGGAAACGGCUGGUGCAGCUGGUGCUGGCCCUCUUGGUCUCUUGAAUUCUGUGGCCGCGGUGACGGUGCGCAUCCGCAUCAUCCGCCCUGCCGGCCGGAAAGAACUCCUCUGUGUGCAAUCGGAGCAUGACCGUGUUGCUUUGACGCUGGGUGAUGGCGACGCGUGCGAAUGGGAUCUGGUGAGAGCUGGUGAAAAUCAAGGCCUUGUGAAGAGCAAACCCUGUGUUUGGCUUCGCUCGAUGGGGAAAUACUUGGCUGCAGAUGGCAGUGGCCACUUGGUGAUGCUUCGCGCCGGGGCCUGGCAGCUCGUUGGUGAGUCGUCACACGAUACGUCGGACGAGUCGUCGGACGCUGGGUGUUGGGCCUUCGGGCACCAACGAGAGGUUUUCUCGUCUUCGGUCUGGAGACGGGAGGACUAUUAUGUGACGAAACGGACGAUGGUGCAAACGGCACCAAAACACAGCUUCAACUCUUCUCGCUUUCACUCUCUCUCUCACCUUCCACAUGUGUGGCUGAUGGCUUCAAAAAGCUAUGAAGCUCCUUUGACUCGUCUUCUUGGUAGCUUUCAACGUGCCGGAGAGGCUCUCUGGGUCUCUGUCGUUUGGGUGUCAGACUUCAAAGAUACCAAACAGCAGGGCUUCAGGCUCACAGGCUUUGGAAGACUUGCUGAAAAGGUAUUUGCUUUCAAUUAUCUCAAAUUGCUAUUCCUUUUUGCAGCUUAUUUGGACUCAGUGACUGACUCCUUGGAGACUGCUUCAACGAGCAUGCAGAUUGUCAUGGACCUUGACGUGCAAGUGCAGCGUGGAUGGAGGGAAACAUUGCAGAAAUGUGUGGAGAACUGGUCGAACGCUGAGAUUUGUUUCUUACAGCAGGCUGCCUUUGGGGACAAGCGUUGGCAACAAGCCAACAGCGGUGUUUUGGUCUUCCGCGGUGGGGCGAACGCGGGCGGGGUCGGUGCAUUGUUUCAUGCCCUGGCUGCGCGACUCGUUGGACAAGAGAUCUUGGUGCGUUUGUUGCCCAAUCGUGACGUCAUGGCCUUCGAACAACUGCUCUUGAACUAUAUCCUCAACGAAGUCCGAUCAGGUCCUGGUUGGAAAAAGAACAUCUUACGCUGGGGAAUCUACAAUCCAUUAGUGGCAUACUCUGGAAUGUUUUUGACAUCUGCAGUGCUUACAGAUACGGUGCACCAUGCAACUGCUUCGAAUGCCGAUCUUCAAAGCAAGCUGCGACUUAUGGAUGCAGCACAGCUCUUUAUCUCGGAUCUUCGUGAGUUCUGCCCAUCGAUAGAUCCCAAUGGAGGCCUUCUGAAGGAAGAAGGGCCCUUGCCCGAAUUUUGCUACUAUUACAUUGGGAUAGAUCCUCACUUUGGGCCCUUGCUUGACCAUUCCCGGGUGCAUGAGGGCUUCAGCGAAGAGGACAACCUUAUUGUGCUUGACCAUCUUCAACGGAGGCCCAAAGAGAUGCGACAUGAAAAACAGUGAUUCUCAUUUGUGAUUCUGAGUAGCGCAAAAGGCCAUUUGGUUGGCUGCAAGUAGACUUUGCACAUCAAACAAACGCAGUCUUUGCAUUUCUUCUCUCCGGUCUCGGUGCGAUCGACCCGGUGGUUCGGCGGCAUGGUGUCCGACUUUGCCUGUGACGUUUCCGGUGGGGGAAAGUUUAGUCCAAAACAACUGUGACGUUUCCGUCUUAGAUCAUUCCAAGAGGUGUUGGGAGUUUCAGGCGAACCGCCGCACCCACCCCGGAUUACCCCAGCUAUCUACUGACCAAAAUUCGCUGCGGCUUGCAGCAAGUAAGAGGACCUUAUCACCCAUUUGGCCUUGCCUAGUACACCUUGGAGAACAUAAUGUGUUUUAGCCUUGCCGCUUUGCUUAAACGGGAAUCACACGAACACCUUGGGUGAAUCACAAGCUCCAUGUUGCCUUCCAUCCAAUGCUUCCUUUUGGACCCAUACCUUUCGCUUUCUUCAUGGGCUCAUAGUUUUCUUCAACCUACUAGCGAUGGCCUCCCACCUGUUUUCUUCAUACUCCCGCUAGCAUGUCUUUGUUUCGGAAUCGUAUGGCUUGGUUUCCAGUUUGGCGUUCAGGGGCCGAGGACGGGCUUGGAUCCAGCUGGUGAUUUCUUUCAAUGAGGGUGGCUACAAGCACUGGAAAGCGAGACGCCGGAACUCAUCCAUCGCCAUGGGCGACGUUCUGUGGAACCCUUCGUUUUGAGGCGUGAGAUUUGGCACCCUUCGUUUUCUGAAAAACGACGUUUGCAACUCAGAGCGAAGUGAGGACUUGAACAUCUUCGAACGAUGGAACUCGAUUCUCAAAUUCUGAGCGGUUCGUGGUCGAUUUCUCGGGGGCGACGCGUGGCACGAAGUGUAAUCUACGUCGACGAGAGGAGACACGUACCUCGGUGACGAGAGCUCUUUACCUCGACGUUUCGGGAUGUUUGCGCCCAAAAGAAGAGAGAAAAACCAGGGCGAAAGGACAAGAGAAAAAGAAGAGGG